AUGAUUGCUUUGCUAACCAUCACUUCUUCUUCGGGUGUAUUUGUCGCGGGGAUUAUGGGAUGGCGUCUAGCUUUGGGCUGUUUGGGGUUUGUUAGUGUUUGUUUCGGGGUUUUGUGUUUAAAGCUGCUUCGUGAAGUAGACGGAAGAGACGAGCUGCAGCAGCAGCAGCAGCAGCAGCAGCAGCAGCAGCAGCAGCAGCAGCCACGUGUCUCUCUUUCUAAUUGGGGUUUUAAAGAUAUACCCAACUGCAGGCAGUUUGCACAAACCCUAAAAGACCUUCGCUACAUUCUUAAAAACAAAAGCUUCUGGAUUUUACUCGUUAUGGGUGUAUUGAACGGGAUGCCUCGGAGCGCAUUAGGGUUUAUAACAAUGUGGCUACAGACCUGCGGCUUAGGAAACGCAUCUGCUUCAUUUGUUGUAUCUGUUUCUUUUUUUACUUCUUUGUUUGCUUCACUUCUAUCUGGAGUUGUAACAGAUGCAAUUCAUAAGAAAUAUCCUGUAUCUACAACAGAGUCUGUAGGUGCUGCUUUAUUGGGGGCCCCCUUCGUUGGCAUUUUGGCUGAAAGAGCCUUUGGGUAUAUUCCGCAGCACUCGGGGGGCCCCCGUGCUGCUGCUGCUGCUGCUGCUGCUGCUGCUGCUGCUGGUGAUGCUGCAGCAAAUGCAGCAGCAGCAGAAAAUGCAGCAGCUGCAGCAAAUACAGCAGCAGCAGAAAAUGCAGCAGCAGCAGCAUCAGCGGCAGCAGCAAAUGUAGCAGCAGCAGCAAAUGCAGAAGCAGCAGCAAAUGCAGCAGCAGCAGCAGCAAAUGCAGAAGCUUUAAGUAGAGCUUUAAUAUGCACAACAGUAAUCCCUUGGCUUACUUCUAUCUUUUUAUAUUUCCUUCUUGUGGGGUCGUACAGCAGAGACAGACAGCAUGCGCUGCGCCUAGCGAAGCAGCGGGAACGCAGCAGCAGCAGCAGCAGCAGCAGCAGCAGGGGAGCAGCAAGCGAGAGCACAAGGGAUAUAGAGUUGGGUGCAUUUGAUGAAGAUGAAGAUGAAGCGGGAGACUCUGAACAUGAAAGGAGACAAAAAAAACAAACAGCAAUACGCACAUGCUCAGGCGCCCCUUAUUAUAUGCAGCUGUCUCCAAGUGUAUGUACACCCCAACAAACAGAUAUCCCUGGGGCCCCUUAUCCUGCUGCUGCUGCUGCUGUUGCUGCUGCCCCUAGUGCAGCAGCAGAAGCAGCAGCAGAAACAGCAGCAGAAACAGACCUCGAGCAGCCGUCUCCUCAUGCUGCCGCUCCUGCUGCAGAUGCAGAUGCUGCUGCUGCUCCUGCUGCUGGAAAGCAAUGGGGGUAG